UUGCGGGCGUCAAAGGCGGUGUCGGGGGGAAGGCGGUGGCUCCAGAGAUGGCAGUGAGCGAGAGGAGGGGGCUCAGCAGCGGGAGCCCCGCGCAAUGGGGAUGGGAAUGCUUGCUGAUGCUGAUCCUGAUGCUGAGUGACUCUUCGGGUCGCAUCCACCGGCUGGCGCUCACGGGGGAGAAGCGAGCUGACAUCCAACUCAACAGCUUUGGAUUCUAUGCCAACGGUUCCCUGGAAGUGGAACUGAGCCUUCUGCGGCUGGGCUUCCUAGAGUCAGAAGAGAAGUCGCCACGGGUGGGGUUCAGCCUGACCCGGGUUCGAUCUGGCAGCGUUCGCUCCUAUUCAAGCCGAAAUAGCCAUGAAUGCCCUCUGGAGAGAAACAGCAGCAACUUCCUGGUCCUGUUCCUCAUCGACAUCAAAGACCUGCAUGUCCCCUCCCUGGCCCCUCACCCUCACCCCAGUGUCCAGGUACGAAAAUACGGGGAGCAGAAGAAAUUGUUCAUCUCUCCUGGCCUCCUCUCUGAAGCACCCUCCCCGUCAAACCUCGCCAAGCCAGUGCCCACGGGCACCCCCAAAGUGGACAGUGGGACCUCUGCAGUCAACAAGGAUCAGGAAAAGCUGGCAGUAACUCAGGAGCCCAGUGGAAUGGAGAAGGAACUAGUGUUGGGGCUGGGCCACCUCAACGACUCUUAUAAUUUUAGUUUUCAUGUGGUGAUCGGCUCCAGGGCAGAGGAAGGACAGUACAGCCUCAACUUCCACAACUGCUACAACUCCAAACCAGGGAAGGAGCAUCCAUUUGACCUCACAGUGAUGAUCCGAGAGAAGAAUCCAGAAGGUUUCCUGUCAGCAGCGGAGAUUCCCCUCUUCAAACUCUACCUGAUCAUGUCUGCCUGCUUCCUGGCUGCUGGCCUCUUUUGGGUGUCUGUGCUCUGCAAGAACACAUACAGUGUCUUUAAGAUCCACUGGCUCAUGGCCGCCCUGGCAUUCACCAAGAGCAUAUCCCUCCUCUUCCACAGCAUCAACUACUACUUCAUCAACAGCCAGGGCCACCCCAUCGAAGGCCUCGCUGUCAUGUACUACAUCACCCACCUGCUGAAGGGUGCCCUCCUCUUCAUCACCAUCGCCUUGAUCGGCUCAGGCUGGGCCUUUGUGAAGUAUGUGCUGUCUGACAAGGAGAAGAAGAUUUUUGGGAUUGUGAUCCCACUACAGGUCCUGGCUAACGUGGCCUACAUAGUCCUCGAGUCCCGUGAGGAGGGAGCCAGCGACUACGGGCUCUGGAAGGAGAUCCUGUUCCUCGUGGAUCUCAUCUGCUGUGGUGCCAUCCUCUUUCCAGUUGUCUGGUCCAUCCGGCAUCUCCAGGACGCAUCUGGCACAGAUGGAAAAGUGGCCAUGAACCUGGCCAAACUGAAGCUCUUCCGACAUUACUACAUCAUGGUCAUCUGCUAUGUCUACUUCACCCGUAUCAUCGCCAUUCUGCUGCAAGUGGCCAUGCCCUUCCAGUGGCAGUGGCUCUACCAGCUCUUGGUAGAGAGCUCCACGCUUGCCUUCUUCCUGCUCACCGGGUAUAAGUUCCAGCCAGCGGGGGACAACCCAUAUUUGCAGCUGCCCCAGGAGGAAGAUGUGCAGAUGGAUCAAGUGAUGACAGACUCUGGGUUCCGGGAAGGCCUAUCUAAAGUCAACAAGACAGCCAGCGGCCGGGAGCAGUUUUAAGCUCCACUCCUGCGCCCCAUAUUCUGGCACCUGUUCCCAGCGUGCAGGGAGCCAAAGGGGCCCAAGCAAAUAAGGCACCCGGACACAGGUUCCAAGAAACCCCCAGCAGCGGGCAGCCCCAUCCUCACCAGGGAGACAAUGUACCUUUCUACAGUACAAUAAGGACCAACAUGGUUUUUGUUACUUAA